CUUCAAAUAAUUCAAUUUAUUUAUUCAACGUUCUAAAUUCUAACGUUUCGAUCAUAUGUUCUAAAUUCUGACGAUAGACGACAUUACGAAUUUCUGCGCAUGUGACAUAAAGCUGUCAAAGAACAAACUUUGCGCAUAUGUACGUAGUAGUAAACCAACCUAAAAUAUCACUUUUCGAUUUUUAAUUUCUUAUUUUUAUAUGCAAAAGGUGUCGAAUAUAUUUUUACUAAGAUCUAAAAUAAGCGAAUUAAAUUAAACAUUUACCGAUAGUUUAAUUUCGAAAGACUCUAGAAUAAAUGUGUAAUGUUACUGAAAAAUUGCGGUAAUAUAAUGUCGAAACAAAUUACGACGGUAUUAAUAGACCUUAGUGGAACAUUGCACAUCGAUGAUACAAUUGUUCCAGGCGCUGUGCAAGCAUUAAACAGGCUACGAAAUGCAAAUCUGUCGGUCAAAUUCAUCACAAACACCACCAAAGAGUCAAGCAAUCGUUUGUAUGAACGUCUGAUAAAACUUGGAUUUGACUUGCGAAAGGAUGAAAUCUUUAGUUCUUUAGUUGCAGCAAGAAAAUUGAUUAUCUCUCAGCAAUUGAAACCAAUGUUAUUAAUUGAUCCAGCAGCGAUUGAAGAUUUUCAAGAUUUAAUAACAAAUGAUAUACCAAAUGCAGUAGUUGUUGGCUUAGCACCAAGCAAAUUCAACUAUGAUGAGCUGAACAAAGCAUUCAGAUUACUUUUGGAUGGCGCAUCGCUCAUAGCUAUUCAUGAAGGACGUUAUUACAAGUGUCCUGAUGGUCUAGCUCUAGGUCCUGGUGCAUUUAUCAAAGGUUUAGAAUAUGCCAGCAAUGUAAAAGCAGAAGUUGUUGGUAAACCAAAUAUGGAAUUUUUUAAAGCAGCUUUAGGAGAUGUAGACCCAGCAAAGGCUGUAAUGAUUGGAGAUGAUGUGAGAGAUGAUGUAGCUGGUGCACAGGCAGCUGGAAUUAGAGGUAUAUUGGUACAAACUGGAAAAUAUAAAACAGGGGACGAGAAGACAAUUACUCCAGGACCAACAAGAGUAUGUAAUUCUUUUGUACAGGCCGUUGAAAGUAUUCUCGAUGAUAUUGUUUGAAGACUUAUAUUUAACGAAAUUAUUAAGUAAAUAGUAAUAGAAUUCUUUAUUCAAAUUGCUGCACAAGUAGACAAACAUAAUCUGUUCCGUAUAUUAAAUUAUAUAUUUUAUUUAAAUACUGAUUUUUGUUUCGUUUUGUAGAGUGUACAUAAUCUUAAGUGAUGCUAUAUUAUUAUAAAAUAAACGAUAAAUACAAAUAGAAA